GUCGCUGCCCCGCGUUCGGGACCAGCCUGUGUCUGAAUUCUCGGUGAUAACGUCGUGGGUCGUUGCAGGAUUCCAGCCAGAGAGUUUCUGCUUUUCUCUAGCAUCUCGGCGCAUCUGCAGUGAACCCACCGGAAAGUGAAAGGGGAAAUAGUCCCAGCUGGGGCGGGUCUGAAGCCUUCAGCCCGUGGCGCGCUGGAGGAGCCGGAAGAACGGGGGGAGAUUCGCUGCCGGCUGCCCCCAGAGCUGCGCAGCCCGGCUGAAAAGAGAAGCUGCUGCUCAGCUCCCUGGACUCUGCAGCUGGACACCCCCUCUGGGUCCUAGUGCUGGUCGAGCUCCCUUCUGUGCACUGGGGGCCAUCCUUCAUCUUGUGCAACAAAGCAGGCAAGCGGCCAUGGCUGCUGCGAAUCCAGCACAACAGCUCCUAGGUGAACUGAAAUGUGCGGUGUGUCGAGAUUAUUUUAAAGAUCCAGUGUCUCUAGAUUGUGGGCACCAUUUCUGCCAGGGCUGCAUCACUCAGUGCUGGGAGGGAUUGAGUACAGACUUCCACUGUCCUGAGUGCAGAGAAACCUUCUCCCGGAGAAACCUCAAACCAAACAGACAGCUGAGGAAUAUUGUAGAAGCUUCCAGAAAACUGACCCUGGAGCCAGCAAAAGAACCAGAAGUUGGGACAGUGUGUGAAAAACACCAGAGGGCUUUAGACGUCUUCUGCCAAAAGGAUCAAACACCCAUUUGUGUGGUUUGCCACCUGUCCCGAGAUCACAAAGGACACCCUGUAGUUCUCAUAGAGGAGGCUGCUGAGGAUUACAAGAAACAAAUUCGGAGCCGUUUGGAGAUUUUGAAGAAAGAGAGAGAGGAGAUUCUGACAUUUAAAUUGAGUGGGGAAAAUAAAAGCCAUGAACUGCUGAAACAGCUAGAAACUGAGAAGCAGAAGAUUGUGUCUGAAUUUCAGCAACUGCACCAGUUUUUGGAGGAACAAGAGCGACUCCUGCUGGCCCAGCUGGAAGAGCUGAAGAAGGAAAUUGAAAAGACGGGGACUAAGUAUGUUGCCAAAUUGUCUGAGGAACUAUCCUCUUUCAGUUCCCUGAUCGGUGAGAUGGAGCAGAAUUGCCAGCAGCCAGCGAGUGAAUUCCUGCAGGACAUCAAAGGCACCUUGAGCAGAUAUGAGAGGGAGAAGUUUCAGAACCCAGUGGCCUUUUCUUCUGAACUGAAAUGGAGAAUCGGGAAAUCUUCUCAAAACUCUGCAGUUCUGGAGACCAUAGUGAAGAAAUUCAAAGACUCACUCUCGUCCAGACAGCGGUUGGACAAAGCGAACGUGACUCUGGAUCCAGACACGGCCAGUCCCUACCUCAUCCUGUCUGCGGAUCGGAAAAGUGUGAGAUGGGUAGACACAUGGCAGGUCCUGCCCGACAACCCUGAGAGAUUUGACACUUGGACCUGUGUGCUGGGCUGUGAGGGAUUCACCUCCGGCCGACACUACUGGGAGGUGGAGGUGGAGGAGGAGGGGGGAGUCUGGGCUGUGGGGGUGGCCAGAGAGUCUGUGAACAGGAAGGGAUGGAUCCGCUUUACCCCUGAGCGGGGGAUCUGGGCUGUGCUAUGCAGUGAGGAUCAGUACUGGGCUCUCACGUCCCCUGAGCAGAGCAUCCCCUUCCCCCCAAGCUCAGCACCCCGCAAGAUCCGGGUGUAUCUGGACUAUGAACAGGGCCAGGUGGCGUUUUUCGAUGCUGGUACCGGGGACCCGAUCGUCACUUUCCCGCCGGCCUCUUUCGCCGGGGAGAGAAUCCGCCCGAUCUUCCUGGUUGUUGAUUGUAGUGGGGUUGGUGUUAGUGUGCGGCUCCUCUAGCCCCUACCCCCCGAUCUCUAUGACCCUGGAGGACUCAGCCCCCCCCCCUCCGCUCCUGGGCUGAAGGGGGGUGAUGGUCUACCCGGAGCUCUAUGGCUGUGGAGGUCUGUGUGAGGCGCUCUAGGAUCAGUCUCUGUGCUCCUGGGAGGCCAACUCUGUGUGGAGUGGGGGGGUCCCACCAAGGAAGGAGGGAGCCCCCCUGUGGGAGGGACCCAGACGAGCACCAGGGAGAGACCCCUCAACUGGGGGGGAGGGGAGAGC